CAUCAAACACGGUCGUUUAUGUUUCUCCUAAUCAAUCUGUGGGGAAACUGGAAACAAAACACCAGUGAAGAGUAAAGUAGAGUCGAGCCACAGAAAAUCUUCUUACUCUUAUCAUUUUGGCCCGCCCCAAUACAAAAUUUCGAAUUUCACACACUCUCUCUCUCUCUCUCUCUCUCUCUCUAAAUAUAUACACAGACACUCUUAUGUAUAUAUAACUCUCUCUCUAUAUAGACACACACACAAUUAUACAAUUAUACAUUCACAUAUAGUUCCAGCUUUUAUCUUUGCCUCCAAAGAUCAAUCUCAAACGCAUCUUAGAUCUGUACCUGAAACAGUGAAACACUAUUUUAUAAACCCUAGUAUUAUUAUAGUCAAUUCAGUCGCAAUACUGUUUGAUUUCCUCCAUAAUGGCAAACUCCGACUCCACUCCAUCCGUGUGUGCUUCAGCUCCUCCUCUCUCCUCUAAGAAGGAAAACAUAACGCCUAUUAAUUCAAAAAUUGUGGAAUUGAGUGAAUCGAGGGUGGAGUUACUUAAUAGGAUUCAAGGAUUGAAACAGGAUCUGCAAAGUUGGAGGUCGAAGUUAGACACUCAAGUUAGGAUCUACCGAGAUGAGCUUUCGGAUCUCAAGAAAUCACUUAAUGUUGAAGUGGAACAACUUCGAUCAGAAUUUCAAGAACUGAGGACAAAUCUCCAGCAGCAGCAAGAAGACGUUGCUGCUAGCUUAAGAAACUUGGGGUUGCAGGAUGUUUCGGGAGAAGUUAAAGAGGCUGAAGGUUCCAAAGUUGAAGCCAAUGAUGAGGAAGUUCAGAAUUUGCCAAAAGAGGAUAAUAAUGGUAAAGAAACUGAACAAUAGACGUGUUUCCCUUCUAUGUUUAUUUGUUUUAGAGCUCAUAUUUAUAGCGGAGACAAGCAUCUCCUUGUGAAAGAAUAUUGUGAGUGUUUUCCCAUUGUCGUCUAGCUGCAGACAGAUUUCUCAUCUGAAUGAAUUACCAUGAAUAGGAA